GGGUUUUUUUUUAAAUAUUUUGGGUUUGGUUUUGUUGUCGUGCUCCGGGCACCAUGUCCAAUACGGGCUCCCAUCAAGACACUGGGAACAAGCCAGAGACGGAAAAAAAUAACCAGGAUGACUCUCAACCCCCCGUCAACUCUGAGAGGAGGAACAAAAGUGGGAUAAUAAGUGAACCUUUGAACAAAAGUCUUAAGAAGUCCCGUCCACUCUCCCACUAUUCCACCUUUGGUAGCAGCAGCUCGGUAAGCGAACAUUCAGAGAAAGGCAACCCCUUAGCUAAUGGCAACGACGCGACUGUGGAUAAAAGUCAUUCUACCUCAAAGCACAAAAACAUCUCUAGUAUGCUGAGCAAAUUAGACCGGGUGUCGGAGAUCUCCUCAGAAGGACAGAUCGCCCUACAACAGUUUGCUCAGUCGACAGAAAUGCUCAAGAGGGUGGUACAGGAACAUCUCCCUCUCGCAAGCGACCACGGGACUGGUAUCUCCGACAUGGAGGCGGUCUCAGCUGCAGAGACAAUGAACGGCCCCUCUGAUUUUCCUUACCUGGGGGCUUUUCCCAUCAACCCAGGCCUUUUCAUUAUGACCCCCGCCGGCGUGUUUCUGGCAGAGAGCGCGCUCCAUAUGGCUGGCUUGGCAGAGUAUCCCAUGCAGAAUGAGUUGGCAUCUGCCAUCAAUUCGGGGAAAAAGAAACGGAAAAGAUGCGGCAUGUGCCCGCCCUGCCGAAGACGGAUAAACUGCGAGCAGUGCAGCAGUUGUAGGAAUCGCAAAACUGGCCACCAGAUUUGCAAAUUCCGAAAAUGUGAAGAACUCAAAAAGAAGCCUUCUGCAGCACUGGAGGUAACCGGCCCCUCUCAGGCACCCUAACCCUUCCUCGGGCUGCGCUCCUGGGUUCGGAUCUUGCCCUAGAUAAUAAAAACACCUGGUACUUC